GGCAGCAAUCCCAAGAUCACAAGGGACUGUGAGUCAGCUGUGUGAGGACAGUGAUCAAUCUGCAGCCUGGGCACUGCUCGCAUUUUGCUUAACCCAAGUAUAGCUCUACCCACAGCCCUAAUCUUCACUAUGCAGCAGCUUCUGUGCCUCUUCGUGCUGUUACCCCUCGCCACACUGGCUCUGCCCUUCUCUGUGCCUGAUGAUUUCUGGUCCGCCCGAAAAAUCCCCACUAGCCAAAGGGCAGCACGGGAGACUGCGCAAGUAGCCGUGCAGUACCUUAAUUACUACUACGGCUCCCCCAAUAACCUGCGGAUGGUGCAUGAAGUAAAGAGAGCAUCGGUCAAGUCAUUUCCUGAUAUAGGAAACAAGUACUACAUUGAAUUUUCAACCAGGGACAUUAAAACAAAUGAAAUUACUGGAUUGUGCACUGCAAAGGUUUUCUUCCGAACCAAUAAACCUCGACCGGCUAUAAAUGUAGAUUGUUCUAAUGACAAGGACCUCAAGAAGGCACAAGAAGACGAUUACGACUUUUACAAGAACAUGAAGACGCAAACGACUCCCAUUACUGGAAAAAAUAUUCCAGACAGCUUUGGAUUUGUUGAACCUAAAUUUGAACCUCUACAGGAUCUGGCUAUUAUGGGAAGCUCCUAUGUUAUGUGGGAAAAGACAACAGAGAACCUGCACUAUAAUAUGGCACAAAUAAAGAGCUUGAAACAAGUGUUGAGACAAGACGAUUUAAUCGGCUUUGAUUACGAUAUCCUUCUUCAUGAAACGCCAACCCAGGCCGUUGUGAUCUGCAGUGUACACGUUGUCUGGAUACCAGGGAAACCACCUAAAGUGGAGUACGAAUGCUCCGGGGAUUCAGAGGAGAAUGGAUCAGGUAGCGAGUCAGAAGAAGGAUCUACUUUCAUGGGAAACUUUAAAUAAAUAUUUACUAAAAUACUUCCUCAAUUCCCAGUUCAUAGAUUAUGAAAAUGUAUACUUCUGACCUUCAUCAAUAUAUAGCUUCUAGACUAGACAAGUAAGAGAUUAUUAUGCCAGUUAAUUUAGUUGCACUUACUCAAGCAGUACAAAAUAACUGCCCUAUAUACACUGCUUGAAUAUUAACUGCUGUAAUUAAUAGGGAUUACUGCAAGAGUUGUGGAUAUACAGCCCAUUGCAUAACAGAGUCUAGAGAUAAGAGACCAUCAAUCCUACAGUCUGCUGGAGUCCAAUUUAGUGAUUGAAUCAGAAUAUUAUACUAAUAUGGCUGCUAACAAGUAAUGACAGUGAAGGAAUGCUGAAUCCUCCAUCAUUAGGCUUGUGAUGCUAUGUUUUUGUAUUAAGUUCAGUGUCUGUCUAUUAAACUCUGACUUAGGACUAGUUUCCAUUGAGAUGGUAAAGUUUGGAAACUGGUAUUAAAAACAUUUGUCCACAUGAAAGUCUAUGGCGAAUUUUUAUGAUACCACCAGUUUCCAGUCUUCAUCAUCUCAAUGUAAACUAGGCCUUUGUUGGGGAAAUCCAGUUAUCUUAAAAUUACAUUUUAGUCUUUUUUAUUUUUCCUUCUUUUUUCAUUAUCCUGAGGACAUUUUUUAAAAUGUGUUAAUACAGUAAACAUUUUGUUGAAAAAUUAUACUGCUUUCUCUUUAAAAUGAAUUAAUAAUUUAAAUGCUGCUCCCUCACAAUAAAAAACCUGAGUAUUAUGUCCCUUUCAGUGUGAAAUUGCUGUUAUACUACCUACUUACAAUAAGGGUUUAAAUUAAGAGCUGAGGAUGCUUAGAUUUCACAUUUCUCAUGAUAUAUUUUGGAUGUUAUUUUAAGUUUAACAAAAAGUUUGUAUUAUGGCCUUUAUAUAUUAGUAUAUUUUAUUUUUGUUUAAUUUUAUUACGUUAGAGUCCUUGGGAUAUCAAAAGAUAUAUAUAUAUAUAUAAAUCUGGGUGUCACGUAAAUUUAAAAUAUAUGCUGGUGGUGUUCCAGAACACAACACUGGAUUCAAGCAUUAAAUGAACAGUGUACUGUUAACAUUUCUCUGCUUUAAUGUGUUCCCAAUGAUCCAUUUUACCUGCUGGAGUGUAUUAAAUAUAUCCUUUAGCUUUAUUUUGUCAUAUGAAAUAACUGAAACCACCACCUAUACUGAAAAUGUCAAUACUGCAGUAAUGGGUACAGAAAAGUUAUGCAAACAACAUGAAGUGGUUGCAGUAGAGAUAGGUACUACAAUGUUUUCAAUUGCUAUCUCUAAGUAUUGACUUUUAUGUAUACAGGAAGAAAAAAAUUAUAAGGAAGCCUUUGUGGCUAUUAAAAGUGAGAACAUAAUGAGUUCUGCACUCCUUGCAAGAUCAGCCCAUAUGUGUGGGUUGUGGUUUCAAUAGCAAGAACAGAUAUUUCAUAAACAAAAAAUUAAUUGGACAUAUAUUUUAUACUCUGCAGCUGGUAUUACAAGUCACUGGAAACGCACUGUCCUUUUAAUGGCAUUCUGGACAGAACUGGUGACCAUCAGACUGUGAGGUUUAUUUUUCAGAUGCUCUGAACAAAUCAACUUAACAUGAUGGAGUAUCAAAUCACUCAGAAUUUAGCCAAGUGAUUUGCAGGUUUAAAGAAACCUUUUAAAGCACUGUUGAAACUAAAAUUUGUCGCCAGUAUUUUAACAGAUUUUUAUUUCUAAAAAAAAGGUUUAUCAGUAGACCCAGCCUGGACAUAAAAACUUGUUUAAAAAAACUAUGUAUCUAGAGCACUUUAUGUAAAUGUAAAAGGUUGCCAUAUAUACGUCUUUAUUAAAGAAAAUGUAAUCUAUUUUUUCAUUUUAACAAACACAAAACAAUUUUUUGCACAAAAGCCAUUUACCAGUCUGCACCUGUCAAAAGUAUAAAAAUAAAGUGUCUGCUAUUUUAAUAAAAA